CCCUGUGCUAUUCAUUGGGGAGGAACAGCCCAAAAACUGGUUCACUGAACUGCAGGUGCUAAAAGGACAUUUUGACAUUGUUCGAUUUCUGGUGCAGAUUGAUGACUUCAGUUGGGUGGGUCCGGCAGAGCUUCACGCCUCGUCUACCUCAGUAAUGACCCCCUCCUCUGGGCCUCGUCCUCUCCAGACAGGCCAGCAGCCGAGGGCAGGGGCCGGAACAUUCUCACCAGAUUGCUUUUCAAGUCCCGAAAUGUAUCCUUUUCCAGCCCUCGUUUGCUGGAAAGACAGUUCCUUUUCUCUUCUUUCUUCUAUCUCAUCCUUUACUCUUUCUGAUCCUCUCAUCCUGUAGGUUGGUUGUAGAUGGGUAGGGGUCAGAGGUCAGGGAAAGGAGCUAAGCCUGAGGACAGGUGUUUUUAAGAUCCCAGGGGAGUUAGUGGAUUUUGUGGACAGUAGCUUACUCUCUGUUUCACUGAAACACAUCCUUCUGGUUCAGUCAUUUGGAGUUGAUACAUGUUUUUUGUCAUUCAUACCUGAAGAGUAUUGGGUAAUUAUAACCAUCAUGCUUUGUUUUUAGCUGUGCUUUUAGGUGAGUAGCAGGACUGCAAGCAGGACCAGUGUUUUGUCAUGUCAUAAGUAGACAUUGUUGUUUCUCAGGUUUGCGUCUGCAGGAGACGAUGGUCUGGUGUUGGUGUGGAACGUUGAGACAGGAGAGAGGCUGCUGGAACUAAGGGGUCACUCCCAGCAGAUAACAGCCAUGACAGCCUACACACACACCAGUGGAGAGAACACACACACCUCCCUCAUCACAGCUUCCUCGGACCGCACCCUCAGUCUGUGGGACCCAGAGACAGGCAACAGGGUUCAGACCGUCUCAGACCUCCAGUCCUCUGUCAAGUGUCUGCUGGUGUUGGAGCGGUUAUGUGUCUGGGUGUCGGGAGGAAAUGAGUUGUGUGUGUGGAACAGAGACUUCCAGCUCCAGUGUCAGAGCCAGCACCAUGACGACACAGGAAUCAGUGCCAUGGUGGAGUUGCCUAAGAACUGUAUAGCAGCAGCUAUGGACAAAGAUAUAGUGAUUUUCAGGCUGACCAUGUCCACUGGGUCCCGGUUGUCUGUGGCAGAGGUCAGACGUCUAUCUGACCACCAGGACAGCAUCCACGCUCUCAUCAACAUCAAUGAUGGCCUAUUUGCCAGUGGGUCCCAUGUUGGCGAGCUGAUCCUGUGGGACGCUGUUGAUUGGACGAUUAUGGCCUAUGAGCACAUCCUGUGGGAGGAGUCUCAGACCGACACCCAGGCUGAGAUCCGAUUGGCCGCUCCGAAACCCAGUGAGAUGUCCAUCCAACAGCUGACAUCCGAUGGAGAGCUGAUGGUGGCUGCAGUGGGCAGUGGUCUGUAUGUGUACAGCGUCAUCACUAAGAGUGUUGUGGCCUACAGGAAGACAGCCCACGACUCCAACGUACUACACACCAUGCUGCUGCCUGAUGGGGGGCUGAUGUCAUGCUCCGAGGAUGGCAGUGUGAGGAUUUGGGAGAUGCAGGACCUCCUGUUACCUGCAGAACCAGCCUCUGCAGGGUUCUUUGGGAUGUGGACUUUCGGCAGGUCCAAUAAGCAGGCGGGGCCUCCUGUGAAGAAGGUUCUUGAACUCCCCAGUCUCAGAACAUUGGAACUGACGGGUGACCUGAUUGGACACUCAGGGGCCGUGCAGAUGUUUGUGAGUUUUGGGGAGAAGGGUCUGGUAACAUGUUCUACAGACCACCUGCUGAUUGCAUGGAAGAACAGAGAGAGAGAGUCUCACCUCCGCAGUCUCGCCCUCUUCAGGAAACUGGAGGAGAACGGGGGACUCUGACCCCCACCUGUCAGUCACUAACACCAUUAUUUAUGAUUUUACAGAACACUUUCUACUGGAAGUUAAGGUUUUAAAGAGGGGUGGAAUGUAUUUGUUCCUAGGUGUUGUUAUUUCACUGUCUGAGGUUCAUGGAUAUGUACAAUGUGAUGGAUAUUUCUUUACCAUGUUUGUUGGUUUAGUGAUUUUACGUGUGAAAUUCUGUGUGUUUCUAGUCUUCAAUUUUAAUCUGAUGUUCUUAUAUAUGCCUGUCUUCAAGUUGGUCACACUUAUUUGCCAAAUGUCUGUAUGGUUAUUUGAACUAUUUUUACCCCACACUUGCUUGUUUUUUAAAGCCUAAAAAUAAUGUCACAAAUUAAAGAUACAACUGGUCACAAACA